CUGUUGUCAAACAUUUUAAAAGUUAACGGAAAUUUAAAUCCUUUUUUAAUCUAACCAACUGCAUUAAGUUUUAGAUUGGUUGUUAUUUUGAAAACUGUGUGUAUACAAUAUGGAAGUGAAAAAUACGGGAUUAAUGAGAAAACCAUCCAAAAAAGCACCAGUUGUGAAACAAACCAAGGGUAGUUUAUUAAGAAUGAUUAAAUCAAACCCUUUGAUAGGUAUUGAUGACAAAAUAAAAAAAGAAUUAGGGAUUACUGAUGAAGAGUUAAAACGAUUAGGACAUAUACCAAUAGUAAAAAGUACAAUGUCGUUAAAUAUCCAUAAAAAGAAUAUAGACGAAGAUAAAACUAAAAGUAAUCGUGUUGUUAAACGAUCACUUUCUGCAGAAAAUUUUAAUGAAAGAAGUCGUUUAUCAAGUGGAAAAGAGUUAAACAGAACUUACUCAGAAGAAAAUAUAACCAGCAACCAAUCAGACAAAUUAUACAAUUUCAAAACCCCCCAAAACAAGAAAUAUUUCAUCACAACUCCAUCUACAAUAACAACAAAUCCUAAAAAAUAUCUUGUUUCACCAACUCCAGAAAAUAUUAAAAUGAAUCUAAAUAAGUGGUUAAGUAAACGAGGGAAAUCCAUGGGAGCAUAUCAUCAUUUAAAAUACUUCGGUAUUCCCCUCGAUGAGAUUGAAGAAGAAAAAGAAAAUAUUGAACAAAAACCACCUCGAUCAGAAAGUUAUGAAGCACUCCAAAUACCACCUAAAGAAAGCGAAUAUGAUACGAACGCAAAUUCCAACAUUCAAAGUCCCUUUAUUGAUUAUGAAUUUAUUGCUAAAGAUGCAUUAAACGAUUUAUAUAAAUUAAUUCAAGAUGGUUAUUCUUCGGAACAAUGCAGCGAAUGGCUCACGAUGAUUCGAGAUAAAUGUAAAAAUUUAGAAGAAGAACCAACUUAUUGGGAAUGUCGAGCUGCAUUAGAAGAACAAAAUGAAAACCUUCCCAAUGCAAUUUUGUAUUAUAAAACAGCAAUUAUAAAAGGGGCUGAAAUUGAAAGUGUAAAUGGUUCGCUGGAUAUGCUUUUAGAAAAGUUUAGUUUGUUAAAUAUCACUUCUUCUGUAAAUGCUAAAGAAGAUAAAUCUAAAAGGAGGGUUAUUAUGGAUGCUAGAAAUGUUUUUAAAUCAACGAUAAUACAAUUUGCUGUACAGGAAAGGGAUAAAAAGAAAAAUGUGGGCAAUAAAUUAGUUACCCCAGUCAGGAGAAGUGCAAGAUUAUCUUGUUAUUCAAAUUCUAAAGGUGUCAACUUGUGUUCAUCAUUUAAGAAUAUUGAAGACAAUGAUAAUGUUAAUUUUAAAAGUAAUAAGUUUUUAUCUGUGCGAUAUAAUUAAAUUGUGUUUUAAUGA